AUGAAGGAGGAGUCCCCAGGUCGUGCCUCUCCCACUGUUGCCUUACUGUGGGGUCCUGAAGAGGUGUCUGUGCGGCUGGUCGACUGCAGGAAAACACCGGGUCUGCGUGGAACUGUGAGAGGAGAAGAAGAGGGAGAUUCAGAUUCAAGUGAAAGAACAGACUCAGAGGAGCCAGAGACGUCCAACCCAGCAGGACAACACCACUGCUCCCACUGUGGAAAGAGUUUUUCCCGGUUAGGGUCCCUGAAAAGGCACGAGAUGAUACAUACGGGAGAAAAGCCUUUCCACUGCUCCCAGUGUGGAAAGAGUUUUGCCAUGUUAUUUUGCCUGAAACGACAUGAGAUGAUACACACAGGAGAAAAGCCGUUCCACUGCUCCCAGUGCGGAAAGAGUUUUGCCCGGUUAUGGCAGCUGAAAAUGGAUGAGAGAAGGCACCGAGGAGAGAAGCCUUUCCGCUGCUCCGAUUGUGGAAAGAGUUUUACCCAGUUAGGGGGCCUGAAGGAACAUGAGAGAAUGCACACAGGAGAAAAGCCCUUCAACUGUUCCUUUUGUGGAAAGUGUUUUUCCCGGUUGAGACACCUGAAAACACAUGAGAGAAUUCACACAGGAGAAAAGCCCUACCACUGCCCACAUUGUGGAAAGAGUUUUACCCGGUCGGGGCACCUGAAAGCACAUGAGAGAAUUCACACAGGAGAAAAGCCCUACCACUGCUCCCUGUGUGGAAAGAGUUUUACUCAGUUAGGGGGCCUGACAAAACAUAAGAUAUUACACAAAGGAGAGAAGCAUUUCCACUGCUCUCUGUGUGGAAAGAGUUUUAUCCAGUUAUGGGGCCUGAAAACACACGAGUGGACACACAUAAAAGAGAAGCCUCACCCCUGUUCCCAGUGUGGAAAGAGUUUUACCCGGUUGGCGCACCUGAAAACACACGAGAGAAUUCACACAGAAGAAAAGCCCUUACACUGCUCCUUGUGUGGAAAGACUUUUAUUCAGUUACUGGGCCUGAAAAGACAUGAGUGGACGCACAUAAAAGAGAAGCCUCACCCUGUUCCCAGUGUUCAAAAGAGUUUCACACAGUCAAGAUACCUGAAAAAACAUGAGCUGACACACUCCGCGGAGAAGCCUUGAAAGAAUCCACAUUGCAGAGAAAUAUAUAAUGGAAAGAUAUUUACCUGGUUAGGGAACCUGAAAGACCAUGAGGUAACAGACACAGGGGGAAACACCUUACCACUGCUCUCAGUGUGGAAAGAGAGGUGUAACGUAACUCAUUAAUUAACUGAUGUAUUUACACAUACAGUGCUCCAACACUUGUCAAAAAAAUUUCACUGACUGUUUAUUUGUUUAUGUCACACGAAAUCAAAUUGUACAAAGUGAACUCAAUGUUUUUUAACAUGAAUUGGACAUAGAGUGAGUAUAUCUGUUUCAGUAUAGAGUAGGUCGGUUGUAAAUGCUUUUUAAUUCAAUUAGAACUUUUAGAACUCUGUCUUUGUGUAUUUCUCUGUGUGUUAAUCAAGUGCUGUCUAUUUACAUGUGCUGUAUUUCCUCUUGUGUUUGCAUUGUAUAUGUGUGUGUGUGUGUGAAAAAAAUAAACAAAUGUACAGACUGAGAAAAA